AACGCGGAAUUGAUACUUAUUGACAAACCUACGAAUUAGCAGUUUAUCACGUUGGAGUCCUGAGAUCAUAAAAAGGCCUAUAUCGUUUUAUAGCACUACGACUCGGUAUUCUUUAUAUCUUUUCAUUUAAUCUGUCACAACAAUCUACUCAGCGCUUACGAAGAGCAUGGCGAAUUAUCGCGCAUUUCACACACAGCUUGCGACUAUUAUGGAAACCCUGACUCGGGCGGCAGUGGCGGAGAUCUGCGAGCUCGUGGAUGAUGGCUACGCGAUUUUACACUUGGAGAUUUCACGGCAUCAGAAGGAAAACGAAGAACUCCGGCGAAAACUUCAGCUGAUCGAGUCCAUUGUUGCUGCGCGCGGCUACAGCGAUGAGACUGCGGCCGUGCAGGAGGCCACGAGCCGCCGCGCUCGGGCUGAGUCACAAGAUUCAGAGGAGCAUGCUCUUGUCACAGUGCAAGUUAAAGAGGAAGGUCAGGAGCCACACAAUGAUGAUGACGACGAUGAAACAGUUGCUGUGGUUCAUGAUUCUCCAGAUGAGGAAGUCCUAGAGCUCUUGUCACAUAAAGUCUCAUCAGAUACAGCCUCUGCAAAUGAUGAUCUCCAUACACAAACACUUGCAGACACACACUCCCCAAGCCUUCCCCAACACAUACUUGCAGACACACAUUCACACACUGAGGAGUCACAACACUCCAGUGUGGACCUAACGGCCUCUGAUGAACCUCCCUGUUCUUUUAACACACAGGGUAAUGUGCACUCACUGUCUGAUACACACACUGAUGCUACCAGUCAUAGCUGCCCAUUUCCAGAUAAGCUGUGUAUGAAGAGAGAGCCUAUGCUGUCUGAUCUGAAUCUUACUUUGGACUGGAGCACACACCCAGUGCAUAACACAAUGUCUCAUACUCAUGCUUCCUCGACUGGAAAUGGCACAAGGACACUUACUGCCCACAGUUCCCCUCUCUAUACUGCACAGCACUUGCUUGGACUGGGUAAUGUGCCUGGGCUGGGGUUGUUUGGAGGACGUGGUUCUUUGCAAGGGGGUGGAGUUGGUAAGAGGCAUUUUAUCUGCUCCAUCUGCGGCAAGAACUUCACCACAGCACAGAGCUUAGACACACACAUGCGCAUACACACAGGUGAGCGUCCAUACCGCUGUGAACAGUGUGGCAAGCGCUUUACUCAGUCUGGCCACCUUACAGCACACCAGACCGUUCACACUGGAGAAAGACCAUAUGAGUGCACGCACUGUGGCAAACGCUUUGCAGGCAAGCAGUACCUGCGAAUACACACCAAGAAACACCAUCCUGAGUAACAAGAUUUCAAGACACCCCAGGAAAUACACACUAAUGUGCAUAGAUAUGUAUUAAUCCAUGACACACUACAGUGAAUAACAGACAUGUACUUUCCCAUACGUAUGUGCAGUGCAGAGGACAUUGAAAUGUGCUAAUACACAUGAAUGAAAUAAGUGUUUGGAAUUCAAACUAAAAAUGCUGCACAAUCUAAAACACAGAUGUAUUCUGGACUUGGUUUAAUAGCAAGGUUUAGUCACAAAGACUAAAUGUAAAUUGAAAUUAAAGGGCAAUUCCACACAAAAUAUUUCAUUUAAAGUGAUUUUUAGCCUAGAAGGCCUUUAGUAGGAAUAUAGCAAAGAAUAUGAGCUACUGGUGAAAUAGCCUCGUGAGCCAAAUUCAUCAAAUUCAUGAGUGCCACCGUAACAUAUUCAAGACAUUUUCAUUAUUGUGGAACUCAACAUGGUUGUGUACACCACUGACACCAGAAGUAAAGCAGAAGGAAAGCAACGGACUGACUUUUUUUUUUUUAAACCUGGAUUACUUUGAAGUGCUGCUGUUUUUCCUUAGAGGAGAGAUAAAUUUGAUCUUAUGCAUUUAACUUUGAAUGGCAGAAUAACAUUACUGAAGCAGAGCUGUGUAAAACAUAACAUGCAUAAUUUUUUGCUAAACCAAUUUUUUGUUGGGUCCUUUGUUAUUUUACUUACAAUGGGUAUAAGAAGCUGAGCCACACAAUAAAUACACAAUUGCAUGUUGGCUUUCACAUUGAUUUACAGACUGUCAAUACUGUUAGAGCUCAGGGAGGUUUAUGUAGCUCAGUAAAUUACUGCUAGCCAGUUUGCAGUAACAGUCAUUAUAUUCUCUUGAUGAAACAAUAUAUGUCUUGCAGUUAUAUCCAUUUAAGGUUUGGAAGCUUUGGUAGCCUGAUCCUGCAGCAGUCAGUGUCUUUAUCUGACCUGUAGUGUAGUUAAGCAGAUACAAACACGUAUGUGUAAAAAAUUCAUUAGUUUUUAAACAAAUUUAUUUGUUCUUUGUUGUUCUUUAAUACAGUGUAUAUUGCAUUUAAGGCCUGGGUUAUACUUUUUAUUUAUACAGGUGACUCUGCAUGUAUUAUGCUUAUGCACAUCUGGGGGAAUUAAAAGUGACAUCCACUAAAUGGAACAUCAAAGGCAAAACUGUCUCUGUCCAUCAGAUGUCAAUGCUGACCAAUAAAAUGUUAAGCGAU